GGGAGAUGUCUGUGGAUAGAGCUCAAAGGAAGCCCUCAGACAAGAUGGCUACUACCUGGAUGGGGGAUGACCAGGAAGGAAGACUUGACUGAGAGCCGAGGGGUCCUGGAGAGCAUCCAGAGGUUCUCCUUGCUGCCUACCUACCUCCCUGUGACCUACCACAUCAACAACGCCGACGUGUCCUUCUUCCUGAAGGAGGCCAACCAGGACAUCAUGCGCAACUCUAGCCUGCAGUCCCGCGUGGAGUCCUUCCUAAUUUACAGAGCCCAGAGGCUCCCCGUGCUCAGCGCCAGCUACGGGCCCUUCUCCAUCGAGCAGGUGGUGCCUCAGGACCUCCUGCUGCCCUCCAGCCCCUUCGGAGCCACCAGCAAGCUCUCCCUCAACUGGAGGCUGAGGGCGCACAUCCUGCGGGACAAGGUGUACCUGAGCCGGCCCCGGGUGCAGGUGCUCUUCCACCUGCUGGGCCGGGACUGGGCGGCACAGAGCCCCGGCGAGCGGCUGCCCUGCCUGCGGCUGUUCGCCUUCCGGGAGACCCGGGAGGUGCGGGCCGGCUGCCGGCUGCAGGGCGCCCUGGGGCUGUGCGUGGCCGAACUGGAGCUGCUGGCCGCCUGGUUCGGGCCCCCCACCGUGGUGGCCGGGAGGAAGCGGGCGCCCGGGCCGCCCGAGGGGAGCCCCGUGGAGCUCUACUACUCCGUGCAGCCGGGGGAUGCGCGCGGGGACUGUGCGGGCGGCGGCGGCGACGUCAGGAAGGGCAACGCCAUCCGGCCCGGGAAGGACGGGCUGGACGAGGCCGUGCCCCACCUGCAGAGGAUCGGCAGCGUCUUCCUCUAUCAGACGGGGGGCAGACCCGCGCUGCGGGAGCUGCAUUUGGACAGCAACGUGGCCAUCCUGUACUCCGCCAGGACAGCGAGGCAAGGCGAUGUGCUCACCUUCCUUGUGGCCGUGUCCCGGAACUGCAGCGCCGAUCGCUUCACGCUGAGGGCCAAGGUGAAGAAGGGCGUGAGCAUCGUGGGGGUGAGAGCCAGCAGCCCUUCCAUUUGGGAGGUCACAGAGGGCACAGAGUACACUGGCAAGUACGCACCGGCUGUCAUCGUUUGUCAGAAGAAAUCUGCUAGCUCAGAAAACAGUGUGGAUGGAGCCUCCUAUGAAGUCAUGCAGAUCGACAUAGAAAUAGAGGAGCCCAGUGACCCACCGGCCACACAGCUUGUCACGUGGCAGGUGGAAUAUCCAGGAGACAUCACGUCUGACUUGGGUGUAUCCAAGAUCUAUGUGAGUCACAAGGACCUGAUGGGCGUCAUCCCGCUGGCCAUGGAGGCAGAGAUCCUGAACACAGCCAUCCUCACUGGGAAGACGGUGGCCGUGCCCGUGAAGGUGGUCUCGGUGGAGGAGGACGGCACGGUGACAGACCUGCUGGAGGCUGUGGGGUGCCGCUCAUCUGAUGAAGAUGUCAUCAAGGUGUCUGACAGAUGUGACUAUGUCUUUGUCAAUGGGAAGGAAAUGAAAGGCAAGGUGAACGUGGUGGUAAACUUCACCUACCAGCACCUGAGCAGCCCUCUGGAGAUGACAGUGUGGGUUCCCCGGCUCCCGCUGCAGAUUGAGGUCUCAGACACCGAGCUCAACCAGAUCAAGGGCUGGAGGGUGCCCAUCAUCUCCAACAAAAGGCCAGCUCGCGACAGCGAGGAAGAGGAGGACGACGACAGGAGGGGGGGUCGCGGCUGCACGCUCCAGUACCAGCAUGCCAUGGUGCGGGUCUUGACCCAGUUUGUGGCCGAGGCGGCCGACCGCGGCGGGCACCUGGCCCACCUGCUGGGCUCAGACUGGCAGGUGGACAUCACGGAGCUAGUGAAUGACUUCAUGCAGGUAGAGGAGCCCCGGAUUGCCAAGCUGCGAGGGGGACAAGUCCUGAUUGGCCAGGAGCUUGGGAUGACCACCAUUCAGAUCCUGUCACCUCUGUCAGAUGCCAUCUUGGCAGAAAAGACCAUCACCGUGCUAGAUGAGAAGGUGACCAUCACAGACCUUGGGGUCCAGCUGGUGACAGGGCUGUCACUCUCCCUACAGCUCAGCCCAGGGAGCAACAAAGCCAUCUUUGCUACUGCAGUGGCUCAGGAGCUUCUGCAAAGACCCAGACAGGAAGCAGCCAUCAGUUGCUGGGUCCAGUUCAGUGACGGCUCCAUCACCCCCUUGGAUAUCUACGAUGGGAAAGACUUCUCCCUGGUGACCACAUCCCUGGAUGAGAAAGUGGUCUCCAUCCACCAAGACCCCAAAUUCAAGUGGCCUGUAAUCGCUGCUGAAACCGAAGGGCAGGGUGCUCUGGUGAAAGUUGAGAUGAUCAUUAGCGAAUCAUGCCAGAAAUCCAAGCGGAAGAGUGUGCUGGCUGUGGGAACAGCCAAUGUCAAAGUUAAGUUUGGCCAAAAUGAUGCUAACCCCAAUGCCAGUGACAGCAGAUACACUGGCUCAGGAGUUCACCUAGAAGAUAAUGUUGGUGACAGAAGAGCCAAAAAACCCUCUCAAGAAUGGGGGAGUCAGGGGGGACAGUCCUAUGGCAGUUCUUCUAUGGGGCUCGUGGAAGGAAGAGGAUCUACAACAGAGAAGUCAACGUUCCAGAGAAAGAACAGCCAGGGAAGCCUCUUAAUUGAUGACAGCCAUCUGCAGACCAUCCCCAUCGACCUCACCAGCUUCCCCACCCAGGGGGACCUGCCCAGAGACAAUGGGGAGAUGGACGAGAAUGGCCUCACCCAGGCAUCCAAAGGGCUGAGUGACCUGGAGAUCGGCAUGUACGCUCUGCUGGGGGUCUUCUGUCUGGCCAUUAUGGUCUUCCUCAUCAACUGCGUGGCCUUUGCGUUGAAGUACAGGCGCAAACAGGUUCCCUUCGAGGAGCAAGAAGGUAUGAGUCACUCCCACGACUGGGUUGGGUUGAGCCACCGGUCGGAACUGCUGGAGAUCCACACGAACUUUGCGUCCUCCCAAGAUGAGCAGAUCACUGCCAUUGACAGGGGCAUGGAUUUCGAAGAGAGUAAGUAUCUCCUCAGCACAAACUCCCAGCAGAGUAUCAAUGGGCAGCUGUUCAAAUGCUCGGGACCCCCAGCUGCUGAUGGGAAGGAUCAGAAAAGUGAGCCCCCAACGUCCCCUACCUCGAAACGGAAAAGAGUAAAAUUCACCACGUUCACCACCAUCCCCUCGGAUGAAGGAUGUCCCACUGUGAACUCCAUAUCGACCAGUGGUGAGGAUGUGAGCUGGGUCUGCCAGGACCUGGACCCUGAGGAGAGCAGACAGCCACACAGCUACAUGGAAAGGUUACAUGAGGAUGUGUAGCCGGACACUUGCAGACGCUGGUUCUCACUCACCUCUCAGCCUUUAAUUUGGGGAUGUGUGGCAAGGGUGUCCCCGGGAAAGAGUGAAGUGACAGGACCACAUAAGAUCGCCCCGAUAUCAGGAGAGCCCUGGUAGACAACACCUAUCCCAUGUCAGGAUUGGUGCACACGUUCUGGCAUCCAGUGUCUUGGCCGGUGUUACGAGACGGAUUGUGCACAGCAAGAUUUUUAAAACUUGGAAGAAAAAAUGAGUUCUGAAUCACUGAGCUUCUGAGAGGUUCCAGGAGAGAACAGCCCCCCUCUGUCCGCCCCUCUCUUUCUCUCUUUAAUCAAAGCCCUGUGGAUGUUGUGGAAUCCACAUGGGUCCAGAAUUCACUAUCCGCAGACUGCAGAACGCCAAGACUCAGGGGCAUCGAUGGGAGUGGAUGGAUGGGAGGCAGUGAGUGAUUUGAGCCGAGGCACACAUCCCAUCGCGAGUGGGACCAGGGGCAGCGUCCUGAGUGUGGGCAGCUCCCAGCGGGUGUCACGGCGGGAUGUCAUCUUCCCUAGACCCAGGCACUGCAGCUGCUGACAGGCAUUGAAGGGGAGCACAUGGGCAAGUAGGCCACAAGUCUUUUUGUAACUAGAUAUCCAGAACAAACGAACAAACCCUCUGGGCAAUGUGGGGCAUUUCUUUCUUUAUAAACGAGGGAUAUAGGGCACAGGAUGUCAAUCCUGUUCAAAGAACCAGGCUUUGGGGGGCAAGAUCGCUGUGUUUGAAUCUGUACUCCACUGCCCUGCCAGCUUUCUAAAAGCUGCCGCUCACCCGUAGGCACUGGGUGCCUUUCCAGCACCCACCCUCUCCCCGUGGCCUGUGCAUCAGUUCCAGGUGACAUUCUGCAGUGGGCCCACCAGGCAAACAUCACUCGUGUCCUUUCCUUGAAGAGGCGGAUCUUAGAGGAAAAGCGGUUGUCACGGCGAAUUCAACACCAAGGGACACUGGUCCCUCUGCUCCUCUGGAAGGACCAGAGAGCCGUUUUGUGACGGCCCUGUGGACGGCCACACCAGGUCUCCGUCCACACUGGGUCCCCCCGGACCCAGCUGCAGAGAUUAACGUGGGUGUCGGUGUGGUGUGGGGGGCACUGGGGAGCUUGGGUGAGCCGGGGCCCGCCGUGCUGCAGGUGGGCCUCAGGAGGCCCAUCCAUACCCCUGUGCGGGCUUGGACAGAUGGAGGGACAGAGGUGCCUGCCCUUGGGGGAGAGAGAGAGGCCCUGCCUGUCCUGAGAGCUUUAAUGUGGUUGUUUGAAAUCAGAGUGAUUUUGAAUGUGUCCCAAACUCCCUGCACAGGUAUGGAGCCGGUAAGAAGGUCAGGUGUGGGGAGAGAGGAGCGGGUUCCUGUCCCGGCUCCAGCUCCCACCAAGGCGGGAGGAGCAGGAGGUCCCAGGCAAGGAGGGCCAGACCCAGAGAGCACAGCAGGGGGAGCACAGCGAGGCCGGCUCUCUCCCAGUCCCUGCCCUCUGUCACUUUGUCUUUCUGCUCCGUGAUGCUCUUCUCUGCUUUCUCUCCUUCUCUCUGUGUCUCUGUCUCUCCCUGACCCUAUUUCUCUGCUUCCUCUGUGUCUCUCCCUCCCCCUUCUCAUUUCCUUCUUCUUCUCCCCUUCCUCCUUCCUCACACCCCCUCUCUAAUGAAUAUAAUUGAAUUCCCCUUAGAUCACGGGUGUCACUUCCACCAGCUCAGCCUUCCCACCUUAGCACCCCCUAAAUGAGGUGCUCCCCAUUUGCUCUUCCACUGGGAUUCCAGCAGCCCUGAGCCACCUGCUCCCGUCCCCGAGUCUACUCACCUUGUCUGGUUGGGCGAUGACACUGUCAGCCCUUCUCCAUGACUCUCCUUUGCUUUCAGUCGACUUCCUGAUAUUUCUUUCCCUUCGUACCUGCGUGAUGUCCAAUUUCAUGUGGCAGCUGCUGCCCACUCUCACAUCCAUCCCCCUGCAGAAUGUAUUGUAGAUCGUAAGAAUGUAAUAUAUGUUUAUACACUUACCGACUGUAAAUAUAAAGUUUGCAUUCAGCAGCUUUAUGGCUGUCCUUUUUUUUUCUACACACUGAAACCCUCCGAGGGGCUGGCGCCCGAUUGCAGAUGGCUCUCCAAAUGCUGUGGCUUUGGUAAAUGAAAAUGCAGAUUUAAGGAUCCCAGCACAAUCCAAUUACACUCUUACAUGGUGUAAUGUUACUCUCUGCAUCAAGACAAUGUUGACACAUGAUGACAAAGUGUAUUAUGUACUAACUAUCUGUCCUUCAAGACCUGAAAGGAUUUUCAAAUAAAUCACAUGUGCAAUUCCCUGCUAAAAGCCUGCUGACUGAUGGUGGUAAGUGAGAACCAUGUCAGGCAAGCGUAUAUCCCAGCUCCCUCUGGGCUGCAGCAAGCAAAAUUGCUGUCCUUCCUUUGGAUCUCACACAUAUAUUCAGAUGUCAGCUUCCUGAGGUGUGCCCACGGUGGCUCUGGGCUGAAUGAAAAAGGCUGAUUUUUAGAUUCCUCCAAUGGCCAAAUGCAGCCUGAGACCAUUCCACAGAAAGAGAAGUUGUAUGAAAUCCUUGGAUCCAUGCAACAGUAUCAAAUGAUAGAUCACUUACUUAUUCACCUGGUAUUUACUGAGCACCUACCAUGUGCUUAGACCUGUUGCAGGCACUGGAGAUGGUGCACUGAAUGUGACAUGACUGCUCUUGAGAAUGUUACAGCUAACCAGGCAAGGGAUGACAUCAAAAUAAAUUUCAGAUCCAUCAUAAAUUAUAGAAAGGAUGAUAAAACAGAUUACAGAAUAGACAAAAACUGAGUCAAUAUUGAACUAUUUUCUUUUGAAAACAGACACUUUGGUAAAAUGAGGCUUACAACCCCACUUGGCCCUCAUUGGAAACAGUGGAUUUGCUAUUGCCACCUCCGGACAGGACACCCAGAUUGUCUCCCUGACUGACUUGCCAUCUUUGCUAUCACUUUCCCUAGAAUAGAGAAGUAGUCCUUCCUGGUCACAUCUCUACCCAAAAGUGCAAAAAGAAAAUAUAGGCAGAGGGACGUUGUGUGUUCCCAAGACAAUUAGGGAAAAGUCUAUUGCUGUUCGAAAGAGAGAACAGCCCUGUGUGUCUCCCAUGAAAACACAGACCGUUGUUGUCUAACAAACACGACUUCACACAGCCUGUAACGCCGUCUCUGUGCUCGGAACUCAAGAAAGAAGAAGCGAUCUGAAAGUCUUGACAAAACGCUUUUCCAACAGAGUGCCUUUUGAAUGUGAAUAAAGUGCAGCUGUCCUGCUUUCCCCCACACCCGCCUGCAUCCUUGUUUCUGCUCCCGUGGGGCCCUUGGAGCCAGUGAGCUCCCCACCUGCUGACGGAGACCCCCAGAGCAGCAGGAGCCGUGCCCUUCGUGUUGGUCGUGGCUGGCCUGUCGUGGUUGGUCUGUCGUCAGGUGAGUUGGGCCGCCAGGGCCGCCUCCACGCUUCCCCAGACCUGGGGCUGUGAAAACAGAAAUUUCCUUUCUUACAGUCUGGAGGCUAGAAGUCCCAGGGUCAGCCGGCAGCAGGGUCGGCUCCUUCUGAGGCCGUGGGGGAGACUGUUCCAGGCCCCUCUCCAGCUCCUGCUGAUUUGCUGGCCGUCGUUGGCACUCCUUGGCUUGUAGAUGCUUCACCCCCACACCGCCCUCAUGUUCACAUGGCAUUUCCACACGCUGUGUGUGCAUCUGUGUCUGAAUUCAUCCUUUUAUCAGGACACCAGGUGUAUCGGAGUGGGGUACAAAUUGCAUCUGCAAGGAUCUUGUUUCCAAAUAAAGUCCCACCUACUACUGAAGAUUAGGACUGCAACACAAGAAUUUGGGGGAACACAUUUCAACCUAUAAUGCCCAUCUCUGGCCCAAGGUCUGGGCAGCUCCACUUGUGAGCAGAUUGAGGGCAGCUGACUACAACACAGGCCAACCCAGCAUUGGGCAGGGGCCCACCAUGAGCCCGUCCACAAAAGUCUUUACAUACCCUCUGUCCACACCCACUUUACAAGCGGGGCUGUGCCAGGACACCCUGAGAGUGCCAGGGAGCAUGUAUCUGUUUCCUCUGGGAAGGUUCAGAACUGUGAAUGACCUUGUUAGUCACUUCCCAGGUAUGGUCAUGAUCUCCUCUCCAGGGGAUCCCCCCAGCCAUUGUAGCAGCAGCCAGCAGGGCUCUGGUAGGAUGGGAGUGACCAGGAGUACACCCCAGGGCAGCCUGUGUCCCCAAGUCCAGCGAUCAUGGAUGAUUUGGAUUUGCCCUGGGGGUGACUAAGGGGUGAUGGAGAAAUGGGUAGUGGGAAGAGGAUGCUGUGGCCAGAGGUCUAAUGGAAGUCUGCCUUGGAGCAGUAGAACUCCUGCCUGAACCAAGACCCUCCUCUCAAAGUCCUGCCCUACACCUGCCCUACAUGUGGCCCUACACCUGCCCUAUACCUGGCCCUACACCUGCCCUACAUCUGGCCCUAUACCUGCCAUACCCCUGCACCAAAUCUGGCCUUACACCUGCCCUAUAUCUGGCCCCAACUUAUGUGUUUAUGAGGGAAAAAACACAAAUAUGUGUGUCAUACAUGUAUGAGUAGGAGAAGGAAAAGGCCAGAGCUACAUGAAUUUGGGGAGAUGUGUUCAUUUCCCUGGGGCUGCCAUAACAACUGUCCAUAGACUGGGAGACUUAAAACAAUAGGAACUGCCCCACUGUCCUGGCAGCCAGAUGCCCCAUAUCCGAGUGUGUUGGCAGAGUUGGAUCCCCCUGAGGGCUAUGAUCAAGUCUGCCAUGCAUGCCUCUGCCCUAGGUACUGGUGGUCCUGGCAAUGUCCUGUCACCACACCUCCUUCUGUCUGCUCCCUGGGUCCAAAUAGUCCUCCUCCUACACAGACAUAAGUCACUGGAUUAGGAUCUGCCCUGUUCUAGUUUGACCACAUCGUAACUCACUUCCAUCUGCAGAGACCCUUUCCUAAUCAAGUCAUAUUCACAGGUUCUGAGGGCCAGGACUGCAGUAUAACUUGGGGGUUCAGGGAUAUGAUUCUACCCUAUUCCAAGGACGAAGCAGUCCCCUCAGAUGGGAAGAAGACCGGUCUUGAUGUUGGAUUUAGUGAGAAUCUUUUCAUUGCAAAUGAUAUUUUUAAAAAAAUUUUUAACUGGGCUUCAGAAAGGAAAAACAAUAGAAACACAGAAUUUAGUCUUCUGAAGGCUGCACAAGCAAAGGUGCGUCCUACUCCCAGAGUGGUUGAUCUGGGGGGUCCUGUGUUACCUGCACCAUGUCCAAGCUCUGCGCUUACCUGUUUGACUUCAUUCUCAGGCAGAGCUCUUCCACACAAGGGCUUCCAGAAGUUCCAGCCAUGUUAGUUUCCCAGCUAAGAAUCUGAGUAAAGACAGAAGCCGUCCCCUCAUCUUCAGAAAAAGGCCCUUAAUUGACCCCUGAAGGCCUGUUUGCAUCACAAGCUGAAGUGAAAUCAAAUCUGUCGCCUGCAAGCUCAGAGGGCCCAGGCCUUGCUCACGGGUAUCUCCUUCCAGGCCUGGAAGCUGGGAAGGGAGUAAGCCCCCAUCUACACCACAUGGGCUACACCACAUGGGCUCAGAACAGAGAGGGGACGGUGUCCAAGAGGAAAAUCAAAAGACUUUUGCCGUAAGAAUAGAUCUGGUCCUGCCACACAGUUGACGCAGUUGAUGUGCUACUGUUUCCUUGCUUUUUCCACACCCCCCAUGCUGGAGCCAUAAAUACAGGACUCCAGAAAAUCGAGGGCCAGGCUGUGGAAGGGAGACCAAGCCUUCUUCAGAGAUAACCUGCGUGAAGAGUACAGUGGAGCCCCACCACUCCGGCUGGGUCCCCCUGAGGGUCCCAUGGGCCACAUGCUCUGUGUCACUGCCUCUUUCUCGAUCUGCCAGACUUUGGAUUUCUUGUGGCUGCUUUUCUCUGAUGUUCAGUCAAGUCUGAUCCACCAGUUAUGCAAACGGACUCAAAGCACCGUGGUUUGGUUCAUAACUUUAAAAGCUCCUGCCUUGUUCUACGUUGCUCUCCCUGCAUUCAGAGUAUUUCAUGGCUUUUAAAUGAAUCUAUGAAGUAGACAGUUGAUGUUUGUUAAAAGAAAAUUAAUAGAGUGACCUUUUUAAAACAUAAAUCAUGUCACUCCCAGCUUAAAACCCUCCAAUGAUGCCUAUACGUCCUCCAGUGGAGUCCAGAGUCCAGACCAAGGCCCACAGGCACCCAGUGACGUGGUGCCACCCAUCACCCCAUCCUCAUCCCGCCCCUGUCCUGCUCUCCCACUAAGUCCCAGACUCAUUGGUCUCCUUUGGUCUUUUCCCCUCAUAAAACAGGCUCAUCUGCACCUUGGAACCUCUGCCUGUGUAAGCUCUCCUCAUCAUUCAGCCCCCAGCUCCUACGUCCCUUCCCUUGGCCUGCUCUGAUGACCUUAAAGAAGCUUCGCCCUCCUCUUCCUUCCCCACCCAACCCUCUCCCUUUCUACCCUUCAUGGUUCUCAGGGCACUCUGGAGCUGUGCUUUCUAAGUAUGUUCUCUCUUGCUUGUUGUGUGCCUUACCUUAUAGAAUAUACUUCAAAAGAGCAAGGAUCUCAUCCAACCUGCUCUCUGCUAUAUACCCCAUGACUGGAGCCAUGCCUAGCAAGUCAGCAGCCAGUAAGCAAGCAUUUUUGGGUGGAUGGAUGGGGGGAUGGGAGAUAGAUUGAUGGGGAGAUGAGGAGGAUGGAUGGAUGGAUGGAUGGAUGGAUGGAUGGAUGGAUGGAUAGGUGAACAGAUGGACAGAUGAUUUUAUGUUUGGAUGGAUUGAUGGGAAAACAGAUGGACAAUGAAUGGUUUAUAGAACAGAGGUGAUAAAGGCAUCAUCUAAUAAAUUAAGUUGGUCACGUGGUGGGAACCAGGAAACUGAACUGUUGCCAGGGAAAUUCUAAAAAGGCAUCUAGCUAACUGCUGCACCAUAUGGAUGUGACACCAACCUCUUCCUCUGGGCCAAAUAGGCAAGUCCAGAUUUGGUCACUUUACAGGAGGGAAAAGUAAGUCAGAAGCAAUACCUGCCCUCAGGAGACACACAGAUGAUAAUACCUGCCCUUGUCUCUUUCUUAAGACCUUUGCUGGUUUACUUUGAUUUUCUGAGCUUCUGCAUGCAGAGUGCAGUAUGAACUCAGUGUCCCUCUUCUUCCCAGAUUAAUCUCAGGGUUGUGCCAGUCAUGCUGUACACACGAGUGUCUGCAAAGUCUGCUGACGAGCAGAACUUCCCCGGCUCUCUCCUGCCGGGGGAAGGAGACAGGAAGGGGAUCCCUUCCUCUCUAGCACCCCCUCCCUGUACUGGAAGUUUUUGGGCACAUGGGAGUUGGGGCAGUCCAAGCCUGCCUUGUGGUGCACUUGGGACCCUGUGACUGACAGUGACGAGGACAGUGCACAGUAACAACAGUGACAAGGACUGUGCACAGUAACAACAGUGACGAGGACUGUGCAUAGUAACAUCCCAAUGGGGGCUAUGAGGAGUGAGUGGGAGUUCCCCACACUUGGCCCCCGUGGUGGCAGGAGGAGUGUAGCCUGCAGAGCACCCCACCCUCACAUGCCCCUCUUGACAUGAGAUAGAUCUGUGUUCCUUACACCACUGCUCUUGUGCUUUAUUUAUUACUGUAGCAGCAACCUGAUUGAUACAGCCCGUUAAAUACAAUACAUUCAUUAGAUGCUACUUAGUUCGCUGAGUGGCUGGCUUCCUGAGAACAGACCUUCAUGCUGAGGUGAGAACUUGGGGGUGUGGGGAAGCAACAGGAUUCCUCCCCCCCACCCCGUCAGGUGCCCCCGGGGACCUGGUCUGGAAAAGCAGAACAGAUGCACCACCUAGACAGUGGGGCCUCUUCUUGAUUCUGAGACCAGCUUAAGGAAAACACGGGGGACCCCUUGCCUGCCGCUGUGAACUAAUUAGCUGGCCCAGGACUGUCUGCUUUGUUCCAUCCCCCAAGACUCGCCCCAGAGGCCUCUGUGCCACCUGGCUCUCCCGGCCGCGCUGCUGGCGCCUUCCCCGCGUGCCCUCGGAGGACUCGGGGCUGCAGGUGCCGUGGCGGCUCAGGCCUACCUCGCUGUGCCCACCCUCCGGGCAGCCGCAGGGAAGGGAGGGGACGGGGCUCUCCUGCCCCUUCCCAGCGGGGGCCGGGGCCGACCACCGGCUCUGACCUCAGCGUGGCCUCAGCUGCUGGGACCAAAGCUCACAAUGAAGAUGAGAUCCUGUGCGUGUUGGCCAUGUCUAUGUCUUCCUCUGUGAGAUUUCUGUUCAUGUCUUUUGCCCAUUUCAUGAUUGGAUUGUUUGUUUCUUUGGUGUUGAGUUUAAGAAGUUCUUUAUAGAUCUUGGAAAC